ACGUUUUUUUAGAUUUUUCAUUUUUGUUUGUGUGGUUUGCUCUGUUUUUUCUAGUACUAAAAAGAGGCGUGUUGCUGGAGUUUUAUAAGAAACAAUCUUCGCCGCAGAAGUAAGACAGGAGGGCCGAUGAAGAAUCUUAGCCUCCUGCAGAGGAUGACCGCCUUAUCGCUAUUAUCUUCUCGUUUUCCCCUCACGCUUGCUUCGAAAUCCACUCUAUGUUCCCUCACCAAACGCCACCAAAUCGGCCUUUUUGUAUUACACCACUCGAGCUCCGCCGCAACGAAGGCAAGCUAUUUCAGGCGUAUCUCUACAAUUUCAUCCGCCGUCGCCGCCGGUUCUUCCGAAACAGACUCCGCCGCAGGCCAUGUGGGUCGUCCUGCUGAUGCCCAAAGUAAUGCCCCGAUGGAGAGAGUCGUCCCGCCCACUAAUGAGUCGUCUGAGAGUCUUCUCAGAAUUCGCCACACGUGUGCUCAUGUGAUGGCCAUGGCUGUUCAAAAGAUUUAUCCGAAUGCAAAAGUAACUAUUGGGCCUUGGAUAGAGAAUGGGUUUUAUUAUGAUUUUGAUAUGGAGCCUUUGACUAAUAGUGACCUCAAGAGGAUUAAGCAGGAGAUGGAUUGUAUUAUCAGGAGAAAUUUGCCCCUAAUUAGGGAAGAAGUGAGCAAAGAUGAAGCCGAGGAAAGAAUAAUGGCUAUAAAUGAACCUUACAAGCUGGAGAUCUUGAAUAGUAUCAAGGAUGAUCCUGUAACAAUUUAUCAUAUAGGUGAUGAAUGGUGGGAUCUUUGUGCUGGGCCUCAUGUUGAAUCUACUGGAAAUAUUGACAGGAAUGCUGUUGAGCUUGAAUCUGUAGCUGGUGCUUACUGGAGAGGAGAUGUGAGUAAGCCAAUGCUCCAGAGGAUUUAUGGUACAGCAUGGGAGACUGAAGAGCAAUUAAAAGCAUAUAUUCACUUCAAAGAGGAAGCUAAGCGAAGGGAUCACCGCCGACUAGGCCAAGAUCUAGAUCUCUUCUCCAUUCAGGAUGAAGCUGGUGGAGGUUUAGUAUUCUGGCAUCCCAAUGGGGCUAUUGUGAGACACAUAAUAGAAGAUGCCUGGAAGAAGAUUCAUAUGGAACAUGGGUAUGAUUUGCUAUAUACUCCUCAUGUAGCAAAAGCAGAUCUUUGGAAGACAAGUGGCCAUCUUGAUUUCUACAAAGAGAAUAUGUUUGAUCAAAUGGAGAUUGAGACCGAGAUUUAUCAGCUUCGACCAAUGAAUUGUCCCUACCAUAUAUUGGUUUACAAAAGGAAGCCACACUCAUUUCGAGAUUUCCCAAUCAGGCUUGCAGAGCUAGGAACAGUGUACAGAUAUGAGUUGUCUGGGAGCUUACAUGGCCUUUUUCGUGUCAGGGGCUUUACCCAGGAUGAUGCCCACAUAUUUUGCUUAGAGGAUCAAGUGAAAGAUGAAAUCCUGGGUGUCAACCUUUCAACAAGGCCUGAGAAAGCUGUGGGAAAUGAUGAUAGAUGGGAAAAAGCAACUUCUGCACUUCAGGAUGCUUUGAACGACAAACGGUGGAACUAUCAGAUAGAUGAGGGAGGUGGGGCCUUUUAUGGUCCUAAGAUUGAUCUUAAAAUUGAGGAUGCUCUCGGAAGAAAGUGGCAAUGCUCAACCAUACAGGUGGAUUUUAAUUUACCGGAGCGGUUUGACAUGACAUAUGUUGACUCAGCCCAAAAGAAGAGGCGUCCAAUCUUAAUCCACAGGGCAAUUCUUGGAUCUCUAGAGCGCUUUUUUGGUGUUCUCAUAGAGCAUUAUGCUGGUGAUUUUCCUUUAUGGCUCUCUCCAAUCCAAACUCGGCUUUUACCCGUCAGUGGCACACAGCUUGAGUUUUGCAAUGAGGUGGCGAAGAGACUAAAGGCAAGUGGCAUCCGUGCUGAGGUUUGCAGCGGUGAGCGUUUGUCAAAACUGAUAAGAAAUGCAGAGAAGCAGAAGAUCCCAUUGAUGGCUGUGAUUGGCCCGAAAGAAGUAGAAACCGAAACUGUGACCGUUAGAUCCAGAUUUGGUGGUGAAUUGGGAACCAUGCCGCUUGAUGCUUUCAUUAGUAAAGCUACUGAUGCAAUUGAACGCAGAAUAUUCCUUUGAAGUGUAUCCUUUUCUUCUUCUUUUUUUACCUGUUAGUGUUGUUGUCUAGCAAAGUUUCAUUUCAUCAAGCUAUUGCCCAUCAUGCAAUAACUUCAGUAUUUAGCUUUUAGCAUUUUGGAAAGGUGAUCAAUGGCAACACUUAGCUUUAUUGAUUUCAAAGUUAAUCUAUAGCAUUGGAAAAUUAUCCAAAAUGCUAUCGUUAAUUAGAAAUGAUGUUCCUAAAGAAGGCCUAAAGUAAAAUUAUCCAAAAUGCUAAUGUUAGGUUAUGGCCUCGAUUGUCUGAGUAGAGUGUGAUAGAUUUUAAUUCACUGGAAAUUAGACUAUAG